GUAGAUGACGCGCGUGGCUGAAGCCGGAAGGUAAAUAGUCGCUCGUGAGUCUGCAGCGCGGCUGUUAUUUGCGGCGCUGCUGCUGGUGUGGCGAAUGUGGGGGAAUGUCUGCUUCGACAGCUUCGAGGACUGCUACGGUUGCGUGAUUGUUAAAGGCUUUCCGUGACAGGAUGCCAGACGGAAAUGGCUGCUGCACGGAAGGAUACGAAUUUGCCGGCUACAUCUCCUGCGCGGUCCAUUUGCUGGAGGAGUGGAUGGGCCGGGAAACUUUGGACGAUUACCUCAGCUUCUUAAAUUACGUGUUAUGGGUAUUCACCCCCUUAGUCAUUGUCUUCAUCCUGCCUCUAUUCAUCCUGCUCUUCCUCUACCUCUCCAUCCUGUUCCUCCACGUGUACAAGCGUAAGAACGAGCUCAGGGAAGCCUAUUCCAACAAUGUGUGGGAUGGAGCCCGGAAGACCUUGGCGACCCUGUGGGACGGUCACGGCACGAUCUGGCACGGUUAUGAAAUUCAUGGUUUAGAGAAGAUUCCGGAUAAGGGACCAGCUCUAAUAGUUUACUAUCAUGGAGCCAUUCCUAUAGAUUAUUAUUACUUCCUGGCCAAUGUCAUAAUUCACAAAGGAAGGACAUGUCACUCAGUUGCUGAUCACUUCCUGUUUAAGAUCCCAGGGUUCAAACUGCUUCUGGAGGUCUUCAGUGUGAUGCACGGCCCCCGGGACGAAUGCGUCCGGGCUCUGCGAGAAGGUCACCUCGUUGGCCUUGCCCCCGGCGGCCUGCGGGAGGCGCUGUUCAGCAAUGAGAUGUACCCGCUGCUGUGGGGCGAGAGGCGAGGGUUUGCCGAGGUGGCCAUCGAUGCCCGGGCGCCUGUUAUUCCAAUGUUUACGCAGAAUGUCAGAGAAGGAUUCCGAUACCUAGGAACUGGGAAACUGUCCCGCUGGGUGUACGAGCGAUUCCGGCUGCCUCUGGGCCUGAUAUACGGAGGUUUUCCUGUGAAGUUCCGUACAUACCUGGGUGACCCCAUUCCCUACGACCCCAACUUGACCGCGACCGAGCUGGCUAAGAAGGUGCAGCGGGCAGUUCAGUCCCUCAUAGACCAGCACCAGAAGAUACCUGGGAAUGUGCUGCGUGCUCUACUGGAGCGCUUUCACAGAAGACCCAAAAACGAAUAGCGUCCUUUUCGGUACAGUGUGUUUUUAAGUGUAUAUAUUUUUGUAACAUCUGUCUUUGGUAAUAAGCGGGUUAACAGACGGUUUUAUCCCACAAUCACCAUUUUUUUAAAAAUUGCUCCUUUUUACUGGACAUCACUGGGAUACAUGUAUUUGGGACCUUGCGGCGUGUUACUGACCCGUCCCUGCCACCUCCACAGCUGGUACAGUGGCGUGCCUUAUCCAGCCUCCAGCUGCCGUAGCCUUAGGCUCACUGGGCACGCGCAGGCCGUGCUGGUUUUAACGUUUGUGUCUGUGGCGAUUCACAGCCAGGAUGCUGGGGGUCAGUGUCCCCAGCAGGGGCUGGGUGGAGAGUGAGGGUCUCUCUCCUCCAUGCUGGAAGGUGCGUGCUUCUGCGUCACGCGCAUUAGUCGUGCCUGAUUGGUCCAGCAGUAGGACUGCCCCAAACCCCUUCCUCAAACAGGCUCUCCUCAGGCUCCCUCCCUCACCCGCCCCCCCCCCCAAACCACAGCACCCCGAUACCAGCAGCUUUAAGAGCCAGGGUGGUGAGUCCAUUGUAGUCCUUCCAAAAUCCCUGGUGGGAAAGAACGUCCUAUCCCUCAGAUGAGCAAAACUGGGCUCUGAGCAUCACUGCAGAACAAAUUGAGCAGCUGCUAAUACUAAUAAUUAAUAAAUUAAUAUUUUGUUUAAAAAAAAAAAAAAAAAGUGUGUUCACUUUAAGGGCAACAACACAAUACAACAUAGCCUUCAAACAUGACCACUGGUAGAUGCCAUCCGGAGGGAACAUGUUUUACUCGCAUUACUGGAAGAAGGUGCACGUUUAUAAGAGAAAAGUGCUGUUUUCUUCAGGUUACAGGCCUGUCCUUCGCCAGUUGUGCACGGGCUGUGUGGGGAAGAGCCAGCACUGUGGUUUGUUGCAUUUCUGAUUUGUGUAGAAGGCGUGAGCACUUUUUGUGCCGUAAUAGUGCGCUUUCCUAUCGGCACGCUGAUGGAAGCGCUGCGCUUUCAGACCCACUAGGAGGAUGCACUGUGAAUAUUUCAAUCAUGAUAAUUAAGUGUUGUAAUUAGUGCAGUUAUAACUACAACCAGUACAAGAGGGAAAAAAGACAUUUGAGUAUUUAUUGUAAAGGCUGAAAGUUAGAUGGAAUGUCAGUGCUGGCUGUGGCAUUUUUAUUUUCAUUUUGUGAAUCCGUGUUUUGAUACUGAUUUUUUUUUUUUUUUUUCUUAACCGGCUUCAAUGCAUUUUUAAAUGCUGCAGAUUGAACUGAUGUUUGUACAUUCAUGACCAUCUUAGACCAAGUCCUCUACAGGUCUGUGACUUCUGUAAGAAGUAAAAUUGUUUAUAAAGCGAAUAUUUCACCUUUA